UAAUUUUUUUGUUGAGAUUUCUAUACUUUCUUGUAGUGCGUUUUAUAUGGUAAUGCAAACAGGCCAUUAGGUAAGCAAAUACUCAAACUCCCUUAGAUGGUACGUACAUGUUAAAUAAUAUAUUAAUAUUAAUGAUUCGGUUAAUUUCGAUUUUUAUUUUUCUAAAUCCGAAACCGAACAAAAAAAAAAAAAAACCAAAUUUUAACUUUCUCAAUCCGAAAACCAGAAUAAUAUAUAGAUUAGAAAAGCAUAUAUACAUGUGAAGUUGUUUGGUGCUAGGUUUGGUAGACGAAGAAAUGGCGGACAGCGAACCUUGGCAUUGGGUGGAACAACAACGUGAUGUGCCGAAGAUGGCAUUGGCUGGUUAUAUCCCAUGGAACAACAAAUAUUUCAUCCCUCAAGGCGCUUCCAUGGAGCACGAGCUUUUAUUUCGCAAAAUUUAUUGGAGAUACUUCAAACAGAUUUGCGAUACCCAUGGUUUCGACAUUGACAUCUAUCCGGGUAAAGCCUGGGCAGCUACUUACGUGCCAUACAUUGAUUUUCGGAAAGAAAUUGACUUGCUCAUGGAUCUGGCUAAACAUGCUAUUCAGGACUACAACAAUACAUCAAAUGAUGAUUACAAGUACAAGGUCAUGUGGAUUGAAAAAGUGAACUAUUUUGUGGGUGAAGGUCGUGAAUUCCUUAUGACUGUUAAAGUUGAAAAUCUCACUUGCGUACACCUAUAGAAACUUUUCAAAUCCAUGCAUAUAGGGGACGAAAUGAGGAGAAUGUUGUCCGUCUUUGCCAGAAAAAAUUCUUU